AUGAGUGCCUCCCCGCUCAGACUUCAUCGCUCUCUCACACGAUCUCUCUCUUCCAAGCUGCAAUCAUCUAUCUCUGUGCGCAGAAUGGCCGUGGUUACUAACCCGCGUGAUCCCAACACGCUGAGCAACUACAACAAUUGGCGCUCCACCCACAUCACCGCCAAUUUCGAUAUCCUGUUCGACCAGAAGAAGCUUGUGGGAAAUGUCGUCCACCGCUUCAAGUCGAUCACCGAUGCCCAGUCUCGUGAGAUUAUUCUGGACACCAGCUAUCUCGACAUCAGCGCCGUGAAGGUCGAUGGCCAGCCAUCCAAGUGGGAGCUGUUGUCCUCGCUGGAACCAUACGGCACCCCGCUUAAGAUUAGCCUGGACAAGGCCGUCGAGCUCAAUGGGAUGAUUGAGGUGGAUAUUACCGUGCAGACCACCGAGAAGUGCACGGCGCUCCAGUGGCUGACGCCCGCCCAAACUUCCAACAAGAAACAUCCGUAUAUGUUCUCGCAAUGUCAGGCCAUCCACGCGCGGUCCAUCUUCCCUUGCCAGGACACGCCGGAUGUCAAGAGCACCUUUGACUUCAACAUCACCUCUCCGCUCCCGGUCAUGACAAGUGGUUUGCCCAUUCGGGACUCGUCAGAGACCUCUCAAUCGGGAAGCCGCCUGUACCGAUUCAACCAGUCGGUCCCGAUUCCAAGCUAUCUGUUUGCAGUCGCAAGCGGAGAUGUCUCUGAGGCGCCCAUUGGUCCCCGAAGUGUGGUGGCCACCAGCCCUGAUAAGCUGGAGGAGUGCAAAUGGGAGCUUGAGGCUGACACGGAGACCUUCAUUACCACCAUCGAGAAAAUCGUGUAUCCCUACGCUUGGGGCGAAUACAACGUUCUGAUUCUGCCACCGAGUUUCCCAUAUGGUGGCAUGGAGAACCCGAUCUUUACCUUUGCGACUCCGAGCAUUAUCUCGAAGGACCGUGAAAACAUCGAUGUCAUUGCGCACGAGCUGGCUCACAGCUGGAGCGGUAACUUGGUGACCAAUGCCUCGUGGGAGCACUUCUGGCUCAACGAGGGCUGGACGGUGUACCUUGAACGACGGAUUCUGGCUGCAGUUCAUGGAGAGGCGUACCGCCACUUCUCUGCCAUCAUCGGUUGGAAGUCUCUCACCGAUUCCGUGGAGCACUUUGGUCACGACCAUGAGUUCACCAAGCUGGUGACCGAUCUGAAGGGCAAGGACCCGGAUGAUGCAUUCUCCAGCAUCCCUUACGAGAAGGGUUUCAACUUCCUGUUCCACCUCGAGAAUCUGGUUGGAAAGCCGAAGUUUGACAAAUUCAUUCCUCACUACUUUACCGUCUUCAAGGAGAAAUCCCUCGAUUCCUACGAGUUCAAGGCGACGAUCCUGGAUUUCUUCCAGUCGGAUGCGGAUGCAUCCAAAUUGUUGAACGAAUUGGACUGGGACAAGUGGUUCUACACACCUGGUUUGCCCCCCAAACCGCAGUUUGACACCUCGCUGGUAGACGUCGUCUAUUCUCUUGCCCAGAAAUGGGAGACCCUCCCGGAUUCCUCGUUCAAACCGCAAGCGAGCGACCUGGAAGGCCUGACAGCCAACCAGAUCGUCGUUUUCCUGGAGCAGAUCCUGCGUUGGGAGCAGCCCCUCCGCCCAGAGCUCUCGAAGUUGAUGGGCGAUGUUUACGGACUGUCUAAGAGCGAGAACAUCGAGGUGGCCAAUCUGUACUUCCAGGUCGGCAUGAAAGCCGGCGAUGAGAGUGUCAUCGAGCCCACUACAGAACUGCUGGGCCGGAUCGGAAGAAUGAAGUUUGUGCGACCUCUCUACCGCAACCUCCAGAAGGUCAACCGUUCUGUCGCUCUUGAAACUUUUGAGAAGUACAAGGACUUCUAUCACCCCAUCUGUCGCGGCAUGGUUGAGAAAGACCUUUUCGGCAAAAAGUAAAUCACUUCCCUCCAUGCUAUUCCAUAGAGCAGA